CUUGCUGUUUUUUCUUCUUCUUUCGUUCAUUGUACGAGAAUCGUCUUUGAACACCAAAUAAUAAUAAAUUAAAUAAAUUUUAUUGGUUUGAAACGGCAUCGUUCUGCUGCACUGUUGCUAGAAAAGAAACUCGGGUUUUCAUUUUACUUACUGCAAGAUAUUAAAAGGAAGUUCCAACUAAAAUGUCGCUGUAGAAAGGUGGUUGUUGUUUCUUUUGUCUGCGAAAAAAAACUACGCAAAACAAAUCGCUCAGCAAGAAACAAAACAAAAAUUGGAUUACUAAAUAAUUCAAGGAGUAAAAUUUUAGUAUCGCCAAAGGUACAUUGACACCAACUACUUUCCUGGUGUUUAUCGCAGCAAAAGUCAUGGUGGAGCCGAUUUUUGAUUACCAGUUUCGUUUGAUACUGAUAGGAGAUUCGACUGUGGGCAAAUCAUCGCUUUUAAAAUUUUUCACAGAUGGAAAAUUUGCAGAGCUUUCCGAUCCCACAGUUGGUGUGGACUUUUUUGCCCGCUUGAUCGAGAUGAAAGAUGGCACACAGAUUAAACUGCAGUUAUGGGAUACAGCUGGGCAAGAGCGUUUUCGUUCUAUAACUAAAUCGUAUUAUCGCAACUCAGUUGGUGUCUUACUCGUAUAUGAUAUAUCAAAUCAUGCAAGCUUUGAACAUAUACCACUCUGGAUGAUGGAAGCCCAAAGACAUAUCGAACCACAUCGUCCGGUUUUUGCAUUGGUCGGAUGUAAAUUGGAUCUUGUCAAUGCUGGCGGUCAACGCGAAGUGUCGUUUGAAGAAGCGCAGGAGUUUGCAAAACAAAAUGGAUUGCAUUUUGUUGAGACUUCAGCCCGAACUGGGUUGAAUGUCGAGGAAGCAUUUCGUAUGGUCACUCAAGAAGUCUAUGCCCGCAUACGAUCCGGUGAAUAUAAAGUUGAGGAUGGUUGGGAUGGUAUAAAGACCGGGUUCGCAAGGCCAAAUAGUCACGAUUUUAACUUGGUUGUGGCUGAAGCAGAAAAAUCAUCUUGUUGUUGAUUUGUUAAUUGUUUUUCUUUUUGAAAUAAUUUAAAGUUUUAACUAAAAACAAAAUAUCGAUAAACCAACUAACCACUUUCUAUAUGUAACUCUUAUUAUUAUUUUUAAUAUAUAUAAGUUCAUGUAUAUUUUUUAGGCAGUAAUAUAUGUUGUAAGAGGAAAAGCAUUACUUUUCUGAUAUUUUUAGUUAAUCUGUUUUUUUUUUGUAUUUUACAAUUGGAAAUUUACAUCUUUGGUUACCGUAGUUACAGAUUUAAAUGUGGAAUGUAUGUAGUACAUAGCAAUUCUUUUUUUUCGUAUCUGGUCAUAGUAUAUUUUUCUCUAAUUCGUAAUGCAAUUUCAUUAGAUUUGAGCUAUCUAAUGAAUCGAACACAUAUUUUGUCAAGUUUCAUUUCAAUUCACAAAGUUUUAUUUCCUUAACUAUACAGACAUUUAUGUUUUAUAUGUACUAAAUAAUGAAUAAAAUAAAAAAUACCAAUGAUUAUAU